CUCGAACAAAUUUUGUUUAUUUUUUUAACUUUCAAUUGAAUGGUGAGAGGAGCAGUGGCCAGCCAUCUUGAGUCGAAGGAGCCGCCGAGAUGAACACUGCUCGCGCACUUGUCCGAACUUUUGCCACCGGCUCGGUGGGAAGGGCAGUCAAAAGUGAAGUCCAUCCAGGAUACCAGAAGAUCCGUGCAAAGAUGCUAGAGUUCCAGGUUGACAAUGGUCUACCAAUCCACCUUAAGGGGGGUGCCACAGACAACAUGCUCUUUGUCAGCACGCUGAUUGUCAAUGGUAUAGGCUUGGCCAUGUGCUUACACUUCUUCUAUGGCAUGGCAUUCCCAAAGAAGAAUUAAGAAUUGACUUGACUACCUCAUGCAUUCAUUCCACAAGUCUGAAAUGGCAAUGCUAAAAAUUUAAUUGCCACGUAUUUAUUAAUGAGUGAUGUACAUAAAAAUAAUUAAUAACCUGAUUAAUAAAUGGAAGUGUAUUGCAACUUCAUAAAUUGCUGAA